AUGGAUGUUCCUCUUACUGCUCUGCUCGGUCCUAUGGGGGCCCUCAUCCGGCAAAUCUAUGGUCGCCCUAUGGAUGUUAAUUCUGAGAUCCAGCAGCUUGUUGACCAAGAUCUCAUGAAGGGGCUAGUUACAACCCUGAAGGAUCUGGCGGAGGCGGAUGACACUAGCUUCAUGGCGAAGUGGUGGAUGAAGGAGGUUCGGGAGCUCUGUUAUGACACCGAGGACCACUUGGACGAGGUUAUGAUUGAUAUCUCAGAAAUAAUGGCCCGUGUGAAGGAUGCGAGUAAGAGACGGGAGACUUUCCACCUUGCUUCCCAGACCACUGGCAUUGAGAAGGCCGGAGCCAUCGCACCCUUCCGUGUCCGGGCGGACACUGGCGGCCGUACCUGGUGCCGGCGCAUGGAUGAUCUUGUCGAGCUCAUGGCUUUCGACGACGACAGCCAGAAACAACUCAAGGUGGUCUCUAUCUUUGGACUUGCAGGUGUCGGGAAAACAACAGCUGUAAAGAAGAUGUAUCAUCAGUUUGGAAGGAAUUUUGAUUGCCGGGCUUUUCUACGGGUGUCUCGGAAUCCGGAUAUAAGGAGGCUUCUCACCAGCAUCCUCUCACAAAUCAAGGCACCCGAAAUCCAUGGCUUUCCCGAUGUGCAGUUCCUUACUGCCAGCAUCAGAGAACAUCUUCAAAACAAGAGGUUCAUCAUUGUAGUUGAUGAUUUGUGGAGUACGUCGGCAUGGGAUAUUAUUAACCGUGCAUUUCCCGAUGGUUAUUGCAGCAGAAUAAUAACAACCACACAAGUUAAGGAUGUAUCACUGGCAAGUUGCAGCUAUCACUUAACAUAUAGAUAUGAGAUGAGUCCCCUUAAUGCUGAUCAAUCAGCAGACUUGUUCUUCACUAAAGCUUUUGGCUCUCAAGAUGGUUGUCCUGCAGAUAUCAAAUAUGAUUCAUAUGAGAUUAUAAGGAAAUGUGGUGGUUUACCAUUAGCAAUUGUAAGUGUGGCCAGCCUAUUAUCAGCUUGCAGCAUACCGGAUCAAUGGGAGCAUAUACAGUAUUCUUUAUUGUCCACUUUAAAGACAAAUUCUACUUCAGAAGGGAUGAAGGAAAUUUUCAACCUGACGUACAAUAAUCUUUCUCCUCAUCUGAAGACAUGUUUUCUGUAUCUUAGUAUGUAUCCAGAGGGCUACACUAUCAGGAAGAGUGAACUGGUGCAGCAAUGGAUAGCUGAAAGUUUUAUCAGGGCAAGUGAAGAUACAGAGCAUAUCGCAAGCGGUUAUUUCGACGAGCUUGUCAGUAGAGGAUUAAUCCAGCCUGUAGAUACAAAUUAUAAUGACGAGGUGUUGUCAUGCACAGUUCACCACUUAUUACUUGAUUUUAUUAGGUACAAGUCCAUGGAAGAGAAUUUCAUCAUUAGUGUGGACAAUCUUCCAGCCAUUCCAGGACUGUCUGACAAGGUUCGUCGACUAUCCAUCCAGUUCGGUGGAUCCAAAACAGCAGAGAUACCAGAAAGUAUGAUAACAUCCCAAGCGCGAUCACUUCUAUUCUGUGGAUUCUUGAAACUUCUUCCUUCCAUUGUCAAUCAUCAGUUUCUUCGUGUGCUUAUUCUUUGUGUUUGGGCUGAUCAUGACAAGAUGAGCUUUGACCUCACUGGGAUUAAUGAGUUAUUUCUACUGAGAUAUAUCAAGAUUGAAGGUAAUAUAACCGUCGAACUUCCAAGCAAAAUUCGAGAUCUGAACCACUUGGCGACAUUGGAGGUAGAUGCAAGAAUGUCUACUGUUCCAUCGGAUAUUGAUCGUGUGCAUAGUUUACUGCACCUGCGAAUUCCAAGUGACAAUGUGUUGGACCUUGAUAAUCCUACCAAUUUGCAAGAGCUCCAUCUAACCUGUUUUUCUGGGCCACCUCACCGGGUGGUUCGCAACAUGAAGCAUCUUUGCACGAUUCUGAGCAAGUGCGAGAGCCUCCAAUCCCUGGUCCUAGAAGAUUCUAGCGCUUCGACCAUGAGCAUUUUGUGUGAUGGCUUGAGCAGCGUGUCUCGUGCCCCAGCCCGUCUUCAGAGGCUCGAGUUGUUGCCACGGGUUUUCAUCUUUCACAGCGUCCCCAAGUGGUUAAAACACCUCAGUAGUCUUUGUAUCCUGAAGAUUGCAGUUAGGGAGCUACCCCAGGAGGAUAUGGAUAUCCUGAAGCGGCUGCCUGGUCUUGCUGCUCUGUCGCUCUAUGUGGGGAUCACUCCAGCACAAAGGAUUGUCUUUGACGAGGGUUUCACAGUUCUGAAGUAUUUCAAGUUCACAUGUACUGCACUAUGCUUGGCCUUCUCGGAUGGAGUAAUGCCUAAAGUGCAUAGGCUCAAGCUAAGAUUCAAUAUUAACACACUGGAAAAAUAUGACCCUGUGCAUGCUGGCUUGCAGCAUUUAUCAGGUCUCAGAGAGAUCUCUGCAAAACUUGGAUGCAUGGGUACUGAUGAAUCUGAUAAGAAAUCAAUAUUGAUGGAGGUUUUCAGCAAUCAUUCAAGCAGACCUAUCUUCAACGUGCAAUUGGUGGAUCACAUUAUUCAGGGCCACAGACAUAAACUAGGCGAUCUCAGGUGCGGAAUCCCCAUUAGACAAAAAUAA